UGUACUUGUGUUUCUUCAUGGCUUGUUUGGAACUGGUGAAGACUGGAUUCCCAUUAUGAAGGCCAUCUCAGGAUCUGCAAGAUGUGUUGCAAUUGAUCUUCCUGGACAUGGGGGAUCUAAGUUACAAAAAAUGUCCGAUCAUGAGGCAGCACAAGAACCAAAUUGGUCAAUUGAGGUAGUUGGAGAUAUGCUAUGCAAGUUGUUUCAUCAGCUUACAAAUAGGAAAGUUACUCUUGUUGGAUACUCAAUGGGUGCAAGGAUUGCAUUAUACAUGGCCCUGAAAUGCAGUGAUAAGGUUCAAGGAGCUGUUAUAAUUUCUGGAAGCCCCGGAUUGACUGAUAGAGAAGCAAGGAAAGUUCGUUGUGCUAAAGAUGAUUUCAGAGCAUGCUCCCUUGUUUCAUAUGGCCUAGAGGUCUUUCUAGACAGCUGGUAUGCUGGAGAGCUGUGGAGCAGCUUAAGAGGCCAUCCACAUUUCAAGCGAAUAGUAGCUAACCGUUUGCAGCAAGAUGACGUGCACACUCUUGCUAAAGUUUUAUCUGAUUCAAGUGUUGGGAGGCAGCUGCCAUUAUGGGAAGAUUUGAAACACUGCAAAGUACCCGUUCUGCUGAUUGUUGGAGAGAAAGAUGCAAAGUUUAAGAGGAUUGCUCAGGACAUGUGCUCGAUUAUCAACUCUGGUACAUGGAGUAGAGAUCAUCCAGCAAUAGUUGAAAUUCCUAACUGCGGGCAUGCUGCCCAUCUUGAGAAUCCUCUCCCUGUUAUCCAUGCAGUGAGAGAGUUUUUAACAACACUAAAAGAAGAGUUCGUGAAGUGGCAAGGACUUUGUCGAGCACUUCAAUGAUUUUUUGGCAAAGCUGGGGCAUCGUUAUUAUGCAACCAUUUUAUUGUCUCGAUUAGGGGUGACUCAUAAAGUUUUGUAGUAUGAAGAAAAUUGAAGGCUAUAUUCAUGGAGAAAGUUGAAUAAAACAACAUCUACGCAGGCCGUUGGAAGGCUUUAAGUUGUGAUUAUGUUUGCUGUAAUCACUACUCAGAGACAUAGCUUACCUUCUUUAUACUACUUCAAUAUGGACUAGAUGUAUUGCAUUCGAAGUGUUGCUAUAUUUCAGUUUGGAGUAACCCUCGGUAAUCUUGUUUUUAACAUUGACAUUUUGUUAAGAUUCUGGCAAUUCUAAAGCUUUGUCCUAUGCAAG